CAUCACACCACCACACAGAGUCAAGUCCAUCUCGAUGGCGACGUUCACCAACGAGGAAAUUGAUCUCCUGAAGAGCCGGGGCAACGACUACUGCCGGCGGGUCUGGUUGGGUCUCUACGACGGCUCGCCGCCUCUACCCAGCGGCGACGAGCAGGCCAUCAAAGACUUCAUGGUGGAGAAAUACGAGAGGCGCAGGUACUACCUGGACCCGGGGCUCAGCAAACCGGAAGUGACGCCCAACAACACGAGGCCGACGUCAGCGGCGCAGCUAGUUUCGGAACCCAAACCGUUCAAAGCCAACGGCGUGGUCCAGAAUGCGCACAGGACGAGGCCGGAAGUGAACAGGAAUCAUAUAAAUAAUAACAAUAAUAUCAAUGGAUCUGCCGUUUUCGUGGCCGACUUCGAUAAGGCCGAUAUCUUUAGUAGUACGGGCAGUAGUAACAAUUCGCAGUCGUCGAAGGUGCAGAAUGGCACGUCGACGUCGUCCUUUGCAAACUUCGACAACAACCCAGUCUUCAGUAAUACCAGUACAAAUACAACCACCACGAUAG